AUGGGUUGCCGAAACAAUCGUUUUUCACUGGUUCUUCACUGUCUGCUGCUAGCCGUUAUCGCAAGUGUGGUGUCGGAGCAUGAGUACUGCGACAAGGUGUACCGCAUAAACGGUAAUUCGAUCGAGUUUCCGUGCGAAUCGACGAAGAACAUCUACCUCUCCACGCAGCGCUACAUUGCGCGCCAUGUGAUGCCAGUGCGGUUUCAGUACGAUGGAAACCGUUGCAUAAUGGCGCUGCCACGUUUGCGACACGGCGUUCCGACCACCCUCGGGCAGAUCGAUCUGAACAAACCGAGUUGCUAUGCGCACAUUAAACCGUAUCCUUGCUGGGCCUACCAGGAGGAAGGCAACUGCAAUUCCCUACAAUCCGUCAUCGAUGUGUUUGCUGAUGUGAAGCGAAUUCUCUGGGUGCUGGACAGUGGCAUCACCAACUUCUUGGAGCAACCGAUCAAACGGUGCCCACCGCAGGUCUACGCGUUCAAUUUGGCCAACGAUAAGACAGUCAAAACGAUCGAUCUGUCCGAUCUCGUGAAGCCAUCUUCCCGGCUACAGUAUCUGGUGACGGACUACAACGAAUUGGGACAUCCGGCUGUCUUCGUAUCGGACGGUGAUGGCGCGCUUCUGGUGCUGGACGUAAACAGUAACAAGCAGUACCGCGUGGUGCUACCGCGUGCCAUCUCUGCCGGAUGUGGGGACUCGGAUGUGCUCUACUUGAUGCUUAUACCGAAACCGAAGGGCCAAAGUGUGGUCGUCUUCAGCUACCUCUGCGGCCAGAAGGUGUACUCGAUCAAGGCGGAACAUCUUCGCAAUGGCAAGGGAUCGAGUGCGAUCGUCGAGCUGGGUACGAAGCGAAGACACUCAGUGUUUCUGGGUACGGACGGUGGUAGCGGCGUGGUACUCCGGUACCGCGGCGAAGCGGAACUGUUCCUCUGGGAUACCGAGCAACCAUACCGGGAGUGUAACUUUGUGCAGAUUCAGAACGCCGACGAGUGUCGCCUCUCGACGCACGUAGGUGUGGGCAAGAAUCAGCAUCUGCUCAGUCUCGCUUCGAAUCUGGGAGACUUCUUGAACAAUACUUCCGGAGUCGGUGGCGCUUCGAGCCGGCUAAAGUACGUUUGCAAAGAGUGUGACGACGAUUGCUUCUGA